AUGGACGAACUUGAUGCUAAUGUGAGUUCCAAGGAGGGUUUUCGGUCAGUGGAAAAGGCCGUGCUGCUCACGUUUCUCUCUGCGGUUAUCCUGAUGGCCAUCUUGGGGAACCUUCUGGUGAUGGUGGCUGUGUGCAGGGACCGGCAGCUCAGGAAAAUAAAAACCAACUAUUUCAUUGUCUCUCUUGCCUUUGCGGAUCUGCUGGUGUCUGUGCUGGUGAUGCCCUUUGGUGCCAUUGAGCUGUUUCAGGACAUCUGGAUCUAUGGGGAGAUGUUUUGCCUCGUCCGGACUUCUCUAGAUGUCCUGCUCACCACGGCAUCCAUUUUUCACCUGUGCUGUAUCUCUCUGGACAGGUAUUAUGCCAUCUGCUGCCAGCCUUUGGUCUAUAGGAACAAGAUGACCCCUCUGCGCAUCGCGUUAAUGCUGGGAGGCUGCUGGGUCAUCCCCAUGUUUAUCUCUUUUCUUCCUAUAAUGCAAGGCUGGAACAACAUUGGCAUAAUUGAUUUGAUAGAAAAAAGGAAGUUCCCUCAGAACUCUAACUCCACGUACUGUAUCUUCAUGGUCAACAAGCCCUACGCCAUCACGUGCUCCGUGGUAGCCUUCUACAUCCCGCUUCUCCUCAUGGUGCUGGCCUAUUACCGCAUCUAUGUCACGGCCAAGGAGCACGCCCAGCAGAUCCAGAUGUUACAACGGGCAGGAGCGCCCUCGGAGGGCAGGCCCCAGCCGACAGACCAGCAUAGCACUCAUCGCAUGCGGACAGAGACCAAAGCAGCCAAGACCCUGUGCAUCAUCAUGGGCUGCUUCUGCCUCUGCUGGGCUCCGUUCUUUGUCACCAACAUUGUGGAUCCGUUUGUAGACUACACGGUCCCCGGGCAGGUGUGGACAGCUUUCCUCUGGCUCGGCUAUAUCAAUUCUGGAUUGAACCCCUUUCUCUACGCGUUCUUGAAUAAGUCUUUUCGACGUGCCUUUCUCAUCAUCCUCUGCUGUGAUGAUGAGCGCUACCGAAGACCUUCCAUUCUGGGCCAGACUGUCCCCUGCUCAACCACAACCAUUAAUGGGUCCACACACGUACUAAGGUACACAGUUCUGCACAGUGGGCAUCACCAGGAACUCGAGAAACUGCCCAUACACACUGACCCAGAGUCCCUGGAAUCAUGCUUCUGA